GCAACGCUCUCGGCGCAGGACGCCGCGGACAGGCCGAGGUACAUGACCAAGAGGAUUCCCAACCGGUUGGGUCGGGCACCUGGCUGCCCAGCUUGCGACGAGACGGGCCAGUGCAACGCUGCGGAGUGCAGAGCCAGACUGGAGGCUUUGCUGGGCGCGGAGGACAUUGCGAAGGGCCUGGCAGCGCAGGCUGGGGCGCGAGUUGAGGCACCACCACCAGCUCGAGAAGCGGUCAGGAAGCAGUCGAAGCGUGCACCAGCAGAGGGGCCAGGGCGUGGAGCAGCAGCAGCCGCGGCAGCAGCCGCAGCAGCAGCUCCCAGCACAGCGGAAGACGUGGCGAUGGACCAUGAGGAGGACAGCGUCGAGAUGAUGGUGCAGGAUCCCGUGGAUAUUACCGAAGGAGUAAAACGACAGGUCCCAGAGAAGGAGGAGACGCCAGAGAGCAAGAAGGCGCGCGUAGUCGGCGGACUGGCCGUCAACGCCAUGUCAAUGGAGCUGCGCGCGGUGGACCUCGGCGAGUACGCCGCGGAGCCGUGCGAGGAGAAGUGCCUUUCCAACGCCAAGGGGGCGCUCUCUGGACAGCUGCUUCCAGCGGAGAAGGUGGGCGCCGACGCUGCGCGGUGCAGUUUCGUGGCCAUGCAGGUUGCCUACCAGGCGCGCGAUGACGUAUUCGCUGGGGCGCCCCCGCUGAAGUUCGUCAGGCUGGCACUGGUGCUGGCAGCGACGUUCAGGAACCGCAGGAAAGUCUACCUGAUAGGGCUCUGGGGCAUCAGCAACGCGUCCUGCCGCGCUGAGAUGGGCGAGGACGCGUGCGCGGUGCCGCCCUCAGGUGGGGAGGAGCCACAUGUAGCGCGGCAUUUGCGGAAGGCGCUGUACGGGACCAGGGGAACGAGCAAGCUGCUCCAGCACACGAUCCGCAUGUUGGUGACGGUGGUGUUCUACCGCGUCCAGAAAGGCAUCUACAUCGCGGUGCACGGAGACGACUUCAUGGCCGUGGAGGCGCUUGAGGACCUGAGGUGGCUUAACGAGAUCCCGGAGGCGAAGUUCGAGGUGAAGCGGUCGCCGUUCGUGGGGCCCGCAGAAGCUGGAGGUGAAGCGACGUCUGGCCAUUUCCUGAAUAGGACGGUUAGUUGGACAGAGAAGGGUUUCCACUGGGAGAGCGACGCGAAGCACGCGAGGACAGCGGUCGAGGCCUACGGGAAGUUGCCAGCGGCGAGGGAGAUCCCGCCGGCUUCCAGGGGCAUCGGGGAGGAGGUGCCAACGGCGUUGGACAAGCUGGGAUUCGCGGAGAAGCUGUUCCAGUCGGCGGCGCCGACGGCACUGUACAUGGCAGCGGACAGGCCUGACAUACAGUUCGCGACGAGCUGGAUUAUGCGCGGGAUGCAGGAGCAGCUGGUGCUCCACGAGCUGAGCCGCGGUGGAGGAUUCGAGUACAUAUGGAGUGCGUGCAUUGACAGCUGGGCUGGUCAGCAGGCGACACUUGCGCGGAGCAGUGGAGAAGCUGAGCGUGUGGAUAUGACCAGCGGCGCUGCGCGGGGGGUCUUCACGAAGAAUAUGUUUGAGAAGAUGGGCAACGGGAUGUCGGUGAAGGCGUGCGGUGGCAGCACCGCCGCAAUCGGGAUAUGCUCGAGGCUGGGUGUCGGACGCAUCAGACACCUGGAUGCGAAGUACCUGUGGUUGCAGGAGAAAGUUGCCGAGGGAUGGGUGCGCACCGCGAAGGUGCCGACGACAGAGAACGUAGCGGAUCUUAUGACCAAGGUUUUGGAGCCCGCUCGUCAUCGCGAGCUUGUGAAGAGACUGCCCAUGACCUUGGAGAUCGCGAGGG